UGCAUGAGUGAAAUGUUAUUUGGAGUGGGAACAAACAAGGCGAGGCGUAGUGUGUUUUGGAGCACGUCGUUGUUUGCGAGUAGUGUCGCUGCGCGCGCGCACUGCGUGUUUUCUCUUUUAGUAAUAUUCGUUUGGGGAUAAAUGAAUAAAGCAUUUCUCAUUCUCAAUUCUCAAUUCUCCACUUUCCUGUGCACUGAUUUGUAAUAAAUCAGGGAAGCUUGAUGUUGAUUGUCAAAUCCAGGCUUGAAAUCAGAAGAUGUUUUUCAAAUUCCAUACCGGUGUAACUUUGCACAUAAGAGUGGCUUUUCCUGUCAAGAUCUAACUUAACAGCUCUAUGUUUGCUUCUUGAAGAGCAGAAAAUGAGUGAUAUGGAAGAUGAAUCACAUUCCUUGGGAAUAAAGAAGAAACCAGAUAGCCAUAAAAGUUUUCAUGGUAGAGAUCCCAAUCCUGGAAAUGACCUUUGGAAAGAUGGACUUAUUUGUGCUUUUGAAUAUGUUCGAGGACAAAAAAAAUCGGUUAAAUCAAGGUCCUCUUCAUAUAUCACAGACAGACUAGACGCUAAUGGCCCACGUUCUAGGACGCAUGUCUCUUCAGAUGGUUUAAUGGAGGCUUCUUCCAUUGGACUAGAUAAAAACAAGCACUCAGAUCCUUCAUCUGUAAAUGUCUUAAGGGAUAGUGCAUUUGGUGCCUCUGAUGAUGACAGAGAGAGUCAGGUCCUUCAGGUUGGCCAAUCUAAAAAGUAUGAGGGUAGUCAUUGGUUACCAAUUGGAUGGACAAGAAUUUCAGAACUUGUCCAAGCAGUUCAGGUUGAUGCUGUCUGGUCUUCUCAUCAAUUUGAAUUUGAGACUUCUGAAGAUGAUUUUACUGUAGCAGAUUUGGCAGCUCCCUAUUGGGAGCGUCCAGCUGGGCCUAUAUGGUGGUGCCAUGUUUCUGCAGGUCACCCCACCGUUGAGGCUUGGCUCAGCAAUGCUCAAUGGUUACAUCCUGCCGUUAGUUUAGCUUUGAGAGAUGAAAGUAGACUUAUAAGUGAGCGGAUGAAACACCUUCUCUAUGAGGUCCCAGUCAGGGUUGCAGGUGGGCUGUUAUUUGAGCUUUUGGGACAAUCGGCAGGUGAUCCUCUUGUUGAAGAAGAUGACAUUCCAGUUGUACUUAGGUCUUGGCAAGCACAAAACUUCCUUGUAACUGUAAUGCAUCUAAAAGGAUCUGUGUCAAGGAUAAAUGUUCUGGGUAUAACAGAAGUUCAGGAGCUUCUUUCUGCUGGAGGGUAUAAUGUGCCAAGAACAGUACAUGAAGUUAUAGCACAGCUUGCUUGCCGUCUCUCACGGUGGGAUGAUAGGUUAUUCCGUAAAUCGAUAUUUGGGGCAGCAGAUGAGAUUGAAUUGAAGUUUAUGAACAGGAGAAACCAUGAAGAUUUGAAUCUUUUUAUUAUAAUUUUAAAUCAAGAAAUCAGAAAGUUAUCAACACAGGUUAUCAGGGUGAAGUGGUCCCUCCAUGCAAGAGACGAGAUUAUCUUUGAGCUUCUCCAACAUUUGAAAGGAAAUGGUGCAAAAAUCUUGUUAGAGGGAAUAAAAAAGAGCACAAGGGAAAUGAUUGAAGAGCAAGAAGCAGUCCGUGGCCGCUUGUUUACCAUUCAAGAUGUUAUGCAGAGCACUGUUCGAGCUUGGUUGCAGGAUAGAAGCCUUCGGGUGACCCAUAAUUUAGCUGUAUUUGGUGGUUGUGGCGUUGUCCUCACCAUCAUUACUGGGUUAUUUGGGAUCAAUGUUGACGGAAUACCUGGGGCACAAAAUACACCAUAUGCAUUCGGUGUCUUUACAGCAAUCAUCGUCUUUUUGGGACUAGUGCUAAUUAUAGUUGGCCUGGUUUACCUUGGGCUGAAAAAUCCCAUUGCUGAGGAACAGGUUGAAGUUAGGAAGCUUGAGCUGCAAGAAUUGGUGAAGAUGUUUCAGCAUGAAGCAGAGACUCAUGCCCAAGUCCGGAAACGGAAUAACUUACCUCCUACUGCUGGUGAUGCUUUCCAUGGUGAAGAGGACUAUGUUGUCAUACAAUAGAGAUGUUUUAACUGUCCAAGUAUGCUUUAACAAUAAUUACAUUUGGUGGUAAAGGGGCCAUGCAUGUAUGAAGUUAAAGCCUGAAUUGAAAGGGCAUUAUUCUUAUCCCUGAAGUCCGGGGAAUUGGAAGGAAGCCGCAACCAUGGGUAGAUGGGAUAUUCGUGAUGAUAAGCUGAUAGCUACUUCUGGACAUUCGUUGGCCUCAAUUUAUAAGCCUCAUGUAUUUCAAUUUUAUUUGGCUUAUUUACUAGCAUUAUCUCAGCUUAGUGUAUAUAAAAUGUGAUACUAUUUCUAGUUUUUUUGUUUCUAAAAGCUUUCUAUUUCUAGUACACUAAAAUAGGAUAUGUAAUUGUUUACCACCUUUAUUCUUAAAUAAAAAUAAAAUUA